AGUAUAAAGUAGAAAAUGAAAAUAAUAUGUACAUUUUUCAAAAGACCCUCUCUGAUAGUGUGUCAUAGCAGCGAAAGCGUAGUGUUGUAAAACACAUAAUUAGUUGUGGACAUUUGGACUUUUGUUUUGGACUUGAGUUUCGUCUUAUCUUUACGUUAUUACGUAGCAGCCUCCGGAGAGAGGCAUAGGUAGUAUCCAGGAAGCUCCAGCAUGUCGUUCCGUCCCCUGGUUGAGGGCGACUGCGGCGGGGUCAACCCGCUAAUGCAAUUGGGCGGACAGUUCACCCGCGAUGUGGCCCACAAGGAUGAGGGAUUCGUGCAGCGCCAGUUUGAACGAGGCGCCCGUCCCGAGGACCAGCUCAUCAACGAGUUCCUCGGCCAAGUGGCCGCACCUCCGCAGUCCUUCCAGAUGGACACUUUGCUGCAGGAGAUGCGGGACAUAAACCUGCAUGGUCAUCCUCAACAGCAGCAGGUGCAGCACCUGCAGCAGGCUGAGCAGUGGAGUCAGGACAUGGCCAGGGGUCUGACGGCUCCUCCUCUCCCUAACAAGAUGAUCCACAUGCAGCCUCAGAUGCAGGAGCACCUUCACGCCCAGGAGUUCUUCGACGAGCCGCUAAUUACCGCCCAAAACUUCCAGCCUUUCCACGCGCCCCAGCCCUACCUGGCCUUGACAGCAGCACCCCACCAGCAGCAGCAGGUGGACCCCUUUUUCGACUCCGAAAUGGAAACCAUCGUCACAGACAACCUGCCCAGGGCUCAAGAAAUCAACUCCCUUGACGAUUGGAUAAACGACUAUCAGCGCAGUGCCGAACAGAAGGAACAGACCGCCGCGAACUUCAACGAAAAGUUCUGGCAGAAGUUGCAGGACGAGUGGCAGAAGCUGGCGGAGGAGAACGAGCAUCCCUGGCUGUCGGAGUACAACGAGAACCUGGAUGCCUACAAGGACUACGAGUUCGCCGAAGAGAAUCCUAUGUCUGAGUUGGAAAACGCAUUUGAGAAGGGCAAGGAGUACCUUGCCAAGGGCGACAUUCCCAGCGCUGUCCUCUGCUUCGAGGUGGCGGCCAAAAAAGAGCCAGAGCGAGCAGAAGUCUGGCAGCUUCUGGGCACUUCUCAAGCUGAGAACGAAAUGGAUCCACAGGGAAUUGCUGCUCUGAAGCGCGCCCACGAGCUGCAGCCAGAGAACCGCGAGGUGCUCAUGGCCCUGUCCGUCUGCUACACCAACGAAGGCCUCCAGAACAAUGCGGUUCGCAUGCUGUCCAGCUGGCUGGCAGUUCACCCAAAGUACAAGCACCUGGCAUCUGAGUACCCCGAACUACAGUUCGAGGGCACGUCCCUGGCCUCCUCCCUGAUCGGGGCCAGCAAGUUACGAGACCUGCAGCAGAUCUACCUUGAGGCAGUCCGCCAGCGUGCACCCGAGGUAGAUGCCGACGUGCAGGAGGCGCUGGGUGUGCUCUACAACUUAUCCGGAGAGUUCGACAAGGCUGUGGACUGUUACCGCUCCGCUUUGCAGGUGGAUCCGCAGAACGCCAAGACCUGGAACCGUCUGGGCGCCAGCUUGGCCAACGGCUCCCGGUCUGUGGAGGCGGUGGAGGCCUAUCAACACGCCCUUCAGCUCCAGCCCGGCUUCAUUCGGGUGCGCUACAACGUCGGCGUCUGCUGCAUGAACCUGAAGGCGUACAAGGAGGCGGUGGAGCAUCUGCUGACCGCCCUGACCAUGCAGGCGCACACCAGUGCCGCCCAGGAGUUGCCCAACGCGGCGAUGGCGGCCACGAGCAGCGGCCAGAACCAGAUGUCUGACUCGAUUUGGAGUACGCUUAAGAUGGUCAUCUCGCUUAUGGGACGCAGCGAUCUCCAGGGCCAUGUCACUGACCGCAAUCUGACUGCCCUGAAUGAAGCCUUCAAUGAUUAGACAGGAGCACGCAUUCCCUUCCUUUGUUUCCCAGAAAAGCACUGUUUUCAGUAUAUUUUUCUAUGUUUCUAAUCUAUAAGCCAUUAAAUAACUGUUGAGGAAAUACAAAA